CUUCGUAUCUGUUUGCAAAACCAGGUUAAAUUGAAAUUCCAUUCCAUGUUUGUUGCGCUAAGCAAGUAAAUUGAAAUUGGUAGGAUGGAGAAAUACAAAUGGGUAAUGCUUUUCAUGAGCUGGAGCACUGCUAUCAUUUGUUGCAAUUGCAAUAAUAUUGAAUGUCUACCUAAGGAAAGGCAAAUUCUGGUCAGAUUCAACACUGAGGUAGGAGGAUUAAUUACUUCAUGGAAGGGGUUUAAUUGCUGUGAAUGGGAUGGUGUUGAAUGCAGUAAUCGCACAUCUCAUGUGACCCAACUGCGCCUCUCAAAUUUGGUGCUGCAAAACUUGUCGGCAAUUCACACUCUCCCUCCAUUGUUUGAGUUAAAGCAGUUGGAAUAUCUGGAUAUAAGUUCCAAUGGUUUCACUGGUGCAAUACCUGCAGGUAUAUCUGCGCUCAAAGAACUGAAGCAUCUGGACAUGAGCAAUAAUUUUUUUGAAGGUGAGAUUCCAUUGCUGCUGGGGAACCUUUCCAAUCUCCAAUAUUUGAAUAUUGCCAUGCCCAGGAAGAAUGAAUUCAAAUGUUGGUCGAGUUUAGAGUGGGCACGGAAUCUGCCAAAAUUACAAUAUUUGUCAAUGAAGCAUGUGGCCGUAACCAGCAGUGGUAAAGAGUUGGGGGAAUUCAUAUCUUCUCUUCAUAAUCUGCACUUUCUUGAAAUGAGGAACUGCAAAUUGUCAGACCCAAUCCCCACUGCUAUCCUCAACCUCACAUCCCUCACACAUCUUAUCUUACGCGGCAACAAAUUUUCUUCUCCACUUCCCCCAUGGUUAGUAAAUAUGACUAAUUUACAAUGGCUUAAUUUUCAUGACUGUAAUUUGACUGGCCCGUUCCCCCUCAUUCUCUCCAUUUUGCCUCAUUUACAAUUCCUCCGAAUGGAUAGCAAUAAUUUAAGUGGAAAUAUAACCGAAAUACUAGGCAGCGGAUGGCCUGAGCUCAGUUCUAUUUCUUUGUCAGGGCCCAGAAUAAGCGGAAGGAUACCGCCCUCCAUUGGAAGUAUUUCCUCCCUCACAAAUAUUUCACUGGAAGGAAGCAAGAUUAGUGGGCAGAUUCCUGCCUCUCUGGGCAAUCUCCGUCUUCUUGAGAAUCUGUCACUCCAGAAUAACUCCUUGACGGGAACGAUUCCUUCCUCGCUUACACAACUUUCCAAGUUGAAACAUCUUGAUCUAUCCUUCAAUCAGCUCACUGGCAACUUGCCUUCCCAACUUGAUGGGUUUUUGUCUCUCCGUACACUUUUCCUCGAGUCCAACAAGUUGAACGGUACAAUUCCUAAAUCUCUUGGAGACCUCCUUCGAGUACAACGGAUUGACCUGGGCUUUAACCUCCUGCAAGGUAGAUUUUCUCUCCAGGUUUUUCAAAAUACCUCCAGUCUAACUCGCCUCCGUCUUUCACACAACCAAUUGACAGCAGGAAUGGUUCAAGUCGGAAGCUCAAAAGUACAAUCUAACAAUGGCACCGCAUCCUAUUACAAAGAAGAGGUUUCAGUCACCAACAAGGAAACUGAGUUGGUAUAUGUGGAUUCUAUUUUGCUACUUGUAACAUGUAUUGACCUAUCUGGAAAUCAGCUGUCGGGUAUCAUUCCUUCAACAAUUGGUGCACUUUUUGGCUUAGUUAUCCUCAAUAUCUCCAGGAACAAUCUUAGUGGAGAGAUUCCACAAACAUUUGUAAAGCUAGAGCAAAUAGAGUCGUUGGACCUUUCCUACAAUAAACUGGAAGGCAAGAUUCCAGUAGAGAUGCAAGUUCUUCACUUCCUAGCUGUUUUCAUCGUUUCUAAUAACAGGCUUUCUGGCAAAAUUCCAACGGGAGGUCAAUUCUCCACAUUUAAUGUGGCCUAUUUCUAUGGCAACCCCUCUCUUUGUGGUUUUCCACUUGAUGUCAGAUGCGCAGGAUCGCCAGGCAUCAUUCCCAUUGAUAAAAAUGAAAAUGAUAAGGUGGAAGAGGGAACAGAAGCUCCUUGGUAUUGGUAUAUCAGUUGUAUGGCUACGUUUGCUAUUGGCUUUUGGGGAGUAUUUGCACUUGUGUGUGCAAGGAGGACAUUGCGAAGAAGAUACAUCAACAUGUUAGAUGAAGCUGUUGUUAGCUUCUCAAGCUUAAUCACUAUGCAUUAGUUGGUUAUCAUAGAUCUCAUCUCAAGAAUAGUGCUUCAUCUUCUUGAACAGGAAGACCGGAUGUUAGUUUUUAAAUGUAGCUUUAGGAAUAGGAAGGCCCUGCAUAAUUGUGGAGAACUGAUGCUAAAUAUAGUUCUUUUUAAGAUUAGUUAAUAUUUGUUUUUAGUAA